AUGUAUCGCCAGGUAGCAGUUCACAAGGAUGAUUGGGAUCUCCAGCGAAUUCUUUGGAUCGAUGAAGACCGCAAUGUCAUCCCUUACCAGCUCACAACUGUCACGUAUGGCACAAAGGCGGCUCCCUUCCUGGCGACACAAGCACUCAUGCAACUUGUUCACGAUGAGGGUCAUCGAUUCCCUCUGGCAACGCCUUCGCUCACACAUGGCAGAUAUGUGGACGAUAUCUUUGGAGGAGCAGACUCAAUAUCGGAACUUGUGGAGGUCGUUCAACAGCUGAUUGCAUUGUGCAACGCGGGCGGAUUUCCACUCGCAAAAUGGCAUGCGACUCACCCAGAUCUUCUACGGGCUGUAUCGUCUUCCACACAAUCGUCAGUUCCCAUAUCAUUUGACGACUGCACUACCAAAUUACUCGGAAUUCAAUGGAUGCCUCAAACUGACGCAUUCGGCAUCUCAUCAACCUUGACUGAUCAACCAAGUAAGUGUUCAAAACGCCUCGUAUUGUCCGAAGUGGCUCGGAUAUUUGAUCUAUUAGGUUUCGUCUCACCAGUAAUAGUACGAGCAAAAAUGCUAUUACAAGAACUCUGGCUACACAAGAUCAAUUGGGACGAUCCAUUACCGUCUCAAAUUGUAUCACGAUGGUUCAUGAUCAGAGAAGAUCUCAAAGGUUUGGCCAAACUAACAAUUCCUAGGUGGUUCAACAUAUGGAACAAUUCAACUGUAGAAAUUCAUGGAUUCUCUGAUGCUUCUCAACUUGCCAUGGCAGCAGUGAUUUUUAUCACUGUUAGCUCUCCGUCCAACAACUCAAUGACGUCACUUGUCUGUUCCAAGACAAAAGUUGCACCACUGAAGAGGCUCACAAUACCAAGAUUGGAAUUGUCUGCAGCACUCCUAUUGGCAAAACUCACAAAAUAUGUUCAAUCAACGCUCAAGGUGAAGAUCAAUGCAACGCACCUGUGGACGGAUUCUCAAGUUUCGCUCAUAUGGAUCAAAUCGCAAGCAUCACGUUGGAAGGAUUAUGUUCGGAACAGAGUCAUUCAGAUCCAAGAACUCACUCCAAAUGCGCAUUGGAGGCAUGUUCCAGGUACUUCUAAUCCAGCCCACUGUGCUUCCCGAGGCAUUUCGACAGAUCAACUCCAACGACUAGAGCUUUGGUGGAAAGGUCCUCCAUGGAUGACUCGAAAUCAAGAUCAUUGGCCAGAGCAAAAGGAAUUCUCAACUUUAACCAGCGAGCUUGAAGUGAGACCCAAUGUCUCACUCUUUGCUUCAACUGAAAAGCUAAGUUAUCAUUGGUUUGCCUCACGGCUUAAGAGAAAGCUCGAAACUCCUCCUGUGAUCAUCAUACCAUCCUGCGACAUGGAGAAGGCGCAGCUCUUCUGGAUUCACGCGACUCAACACUUGUAUUUCACCAGCGAAAUCAAGAUGCUCAAUUCAGGCUCAACCCUGCCUGCAACUCACCCCUUCAGUCGCCUCACCGCCUUCAUCGAUUCGCAGGGAACAAUUCGAGUAGGAGGAAGACUCACCAACACAGCGCUCAACAGGGAUGAAAAACAUCCACCGAUCCUCCCACGGGACGCUCACCUGUCGAAGAUCAUCAUUGAAGAUGCUCACAAGCGAACAUUUCACGGAGGAACGCAGCUUACGCUCGCAUACAUUCGACAACGGUACUGGAUCAUCGGUGGCAGAGCUCCUGUAAAAUCUCAUAUCUUGAGAUGUGUCGUGUGUGCUCGUCAGAGGGGGAUUCGUGUUCGUCAGAUGAUGGGUCAACUACCUCUCUCUCGAGUCACGCCAUCACGACCAUUCGCUCACACCGGUGUCAAUUAUGCUGGACCGAUCACAAUGAAGAAUUCAAAGGGAAGAGGCUCGAAAACGAUCAAAGGAUGGAUCUGCGUGUUCGUAUGUUUCUCCUCAUCAGCGGUUCACCUCGAGGUUGUCAGCGGUUACUCAACCGAGGGAUUUCUGGCAGCCUACAGAAGAUUUUCGUCACGAAGAGGGAUCGCUCACAAGUUGUACUCUGACUGCGGUACAAAUUUCAUUGGAGUACAGGCAGAGCUCAAACGCCUGUUCACGUCAAGUUCAAAAGAGCACCAACAGAUCGCAUCGAUUCUGUCAGCAGACAGCACUCAAUGGAUGUUCAACCCACCAGCUGCUCCUCACAUGGGAGGAAAAUGGGAAGCGGUGGUAAUAUCGAUCAAGUACCAUCUCAGGGGAACUAUUGGUGAGCUCUUAUUAACCUUCGAAGAGUUUUCCACUCUCCUCACACAGAUCGAAGCGGUGCUCAACUCACGACCAUUGGAGCCGCUCAGUGACGACCCCGACGACAUCUCUGCGCUCACCCCUGGACACUUUCUCAUUGGCUCAGCACUCAACACGAUACCAGAACCAUCACUGCUCGACGUCUCACCAGGUAGACUGUCUAAAUGGCAGCUGAUUCAGCAAAGGGUUCAACACUUCUCGUCUCAGUGGUCUCGACACUACCUGCAGAGACUUCAGUCAAUUUCAAAGUGGCACCAUCCGUCUCACGACAUCAAGACAGACUCGUUGGUGCUGCUCACAAACGAGCAUCUUCCACCAAGCAAGUGGCCACUCGCAAGAGUGACCGAAGUUCACCCUGGCAAGGAUGCUCUCACCAGGGUUGCAACUGAGAAGACUGCGACCACGACUCUCAUCAACAGAUGUUUCGCGACUUCCAGCUGCUGCUGCAGCAGCAGUAAGAACAGCAUCAGCGGCAAAUGCAGCAGUAGUUGCAGCAACAACAACAACAACAAAUGCAGCAACUGA